UAAAAUGAUGAGUAAAUUAUUUUGACCUAAACCUUAACCUUAACCUAUGUUUAAAAAAUAAAUUAUUUUGAAACCCUAGGUUGGAGAUGGUGGUGGGAGGAACAGCAGAUUUCUUCUACAAAGAAGCUCAACGGUUAGGGUAUGUGGCUCGCUCCGCCUUCAAGCUCCUUCAGAUACAGAACCAGCACAAGAUUAUCAGCCCUGGCUCCUCCAUUCUCGACCUCGGCUGCGCCCCCGGCGGGUGGCUCCAGGUGGCUUGCCAGAGCUUGGGUCCCUUCCGCGGCGGCGGCUCCGUCCUCGGCGUCGACACAAAGAAGGUCAAGGUACCCCCUCUCCACUGCGAUUCUAGGGUUCAGACCAUCUCCGCUGACGUCACCACGCUCCCCCACCAGCGUCUAAAAGCUCUUUCUCCCAAGGAGAAAGGGUUCUCCGUGAUUCUCUCGGAUAUGUGUCCCUUGGUUUCUGGAAUCACCACCAAAGACGCUGCUUUGUCGUUUGAGCUUGGGAUGCGUGCCUUGGAUUUGGCUCUUGGCAGCAGAAUUCACCUGGAGCCAAGUGAUUGUGUAGGAGUCUUGAAAGUUGGAGGGCACCUUGUUAUUAAGCUUCUGGAGAGUGAAGAUGCAAAAGAAAUCAACCAGAUUUCUAAACCCUUAUUUAGGAAGACUUCGUGGCUCAGGCCUAAAGCGACAAGGCCUUCGUCAAGAGAGAUUUAUUUGAUAUGUCAAGGCUUAAAGCCAGACGCUAUGACAUAGAUAACACUUCCUUCUUUUAGUAUGUUUGCUUGCACAUGUACCAUUUGAUGGAUGCUGAUUGUGAAAUUCAUUAUUUUUCUAGCUAGCUUUCGAUGCUUAUUAGUCUAUGAAAAUGGACUCCUCUGCCUGAGGGGUUCUUAUUCA